AAAAAAAAAACCAUUUCUUGGUCUUGGUGUUGUUAUUGUAGUAUUUGGGUUUUGCACUUUCUUUGUUUUCCUUCUUUCUUUUAUUGGUCUCACAGCAAAAUCUGACCCCUCUUUUUUGAAAGAUCAUUUCCUUCUUCUCCUUGUUGUUUUUCUUUGUUUUUUGUUUGGUUUCUUCGGGCUCUUCUGUUUGGGUUUCUUUGUUCUUUUAUUUCUUCUCUGAGAGGAAGUGAAAGGAAAAUCUUAUCUUGCAUCGAUGAGGAUCAGGAAAAGACAGGUUCCGCUACCUUUCUCUUCUAUUUCACCAGUACCUCUUCCAUCAGAUCCCAACUUUAACCGGCCUCCGGUGGUGCAACUCCCGCUACAGCAGCAGCAGCCUCCUUUACCCACUCCUCGCUUUGAUCUUCGCCCGUCGUCUGAUCGUCCUAAUCACCCGAUCGGACAACUACAAACCCAAGGCCGUGAUUCAUCUGCUUUUCCUGCUGGAACAACAACACAUGGAGAAGACAACAACAACAACAAGAAGCCGAAGAAGAAAGAAGAUUACUUGGUUUUGAAGCAAGGAGGAGGAGGAGAAGAGGAGGAAAGGGGAGGAGAAGGGGAGAAGAGUAAUGAUACCAGGGAGAAAAGUGUUUUGGGUGCAGAACUAGGCUCUGGGUUUCCUCCACAAUCAAGUUCUUCUCAUCAAGCUCUUGGGAGAUGGGGUGAGGGAGAGAAGGCAUUUCCUUUGAAGAAGAGGAGAGGGAGCUUCGAAAGAAGAGGGAAUUACGAUGAUGAUACGAUAAUGGAGAAAGAUAAUAAUAAGAAGGUGACCAACAUCAACAAGAUGAAGACUAAGAUGAACAAAAAAUUUGUGCAGCAGCAAAACGAUAAUCAUGAACAAGAAGAGAAAGAGAUCAAAGACAGUACUGCUAGUGUUGAUAGUAAUCCUAGUAGUGCAAAAAAGAGAGGUAGAGGUGGUGCACUCAUGGAAGGGUCACGGUGCAGUCGAGUUAAUGGAAGGGGAUGGAGAUGUUGUCAACAAACCCUCGUUGGUUACUCUCUUUGUGAGCAUCAUUUGGGUAAAGGUAGGCUGAGGAGCAUGACCAGUGUUCGCAGCCGAUCUUUAGCUGGUAGUAAUGCUGCAAAGAAGGAGGAGCAGCAACCUAAUAAUGAUCAUCAUCAGCCAUUAUCGAACUCUUCACCAUCUCAACAAUUGCAAGCAAAGCAAACAAAGUGUGAAUUGCUUGGUGAAAGUGGUGAAAAUGGGAAUGAACAAGAGGAGGAUCAGAAACCAUUGAUGAUGACGAAGAAGAAAGUGAAGCUUGGGAUGGUUAAAGCUCGAUCAAUAAGCAGUUUGCUGGGCCAAAACGACAAUGCAAUUGCAGUAGCUGAUGAUAAUAACUAGCAGAGAGUGUAGAAAAGAAAAAAAAAAAAAUUAAGGUUUGAGGUUACAUUACUUAUAUUAUAAUACCUGGUGCAACUCUUUCCAGCUUCAUUUCUGUUUGAGAUUCUUGAUGAACGGAUGCUUGAUAAAGUGUUUUUAGUUAUCGUUUUCUUC